CCUGACUGGUUCGGAAGGAGGGGAAUCCAGUACCCAGCCCAAAUUAGGUCAUCGAUGCGCAUUCCUAAUGUGGGACUUUUGUAGCCGGUCUUGUGCAAUGGGGGGUCGGGGCAGAAGUGUGAUCCCACGCUGACACUUUUUAAGUGUAUGAGGACAGCACGCGAGAAGGGAGUUCCGCUGGUCCUGCUGGGCUAGAAGCUGAGACCAAGGCACGUGCCUGACUUUGCAGCGAAAGGAGCUGCAUGAGUUGACUUAAUCCUGCAUCGCCUGCUAGAAAGUCAGUUUUCUGCUCUGAUUCCUCGGCGUUGCUGUGCUCUCCCGCAGCGACAGAUCGCACUUUGCCCUAACCGGACAAUGGACUUGAAAGACACUCUUCGCUACCUCACGGCGGGGCUGAUGCUGAUGCUUUGCAUCCGAGGGUCCUUCGGCGUUCCCACUUUCAGAAAGGAGAGGGGCGUUCAUCCUGAGCCCGAGCUCAGCGAUCAGCAGCACGAAGAUAACCAGAGUUUCCAGUACGACCACGAGGCCUUUCUGGGAAAAGAGGAAGCCAAAACUUUCGACCAGCUCUCCCCAGAAGAAAGCAAAGACAAACUGGGGAAAAUUGUUGAUCGAAUUGAUGAUAACAAAGAUGGCUUUGUCACCACAGAGGAACUGAAAAACUGGAUUAAACGAGUGCAGAAACGCUACAUCUUUGAAAAUGUGGCCAAGGUCUGGAAAGAUUAUGACCUCAACAAGGACAACAAAAUUUCUUGGGAAGAAUACAAACAAGCCACAUAUGGCUAUUAUCUUGAAAAUCAAGCCCAGUUUCACGAUGCAACAGAGCAGCACAAUUUUAAAAAAAUGAUGCCCAGGGAUGAAAGAAGAUUCCAAAGAGCUGACCUGGAUGGUGACUCCGAAGCGACUCGUGCGGAGUUCACAGCCUUCCUUCACCCUGAGGAGUUUGAGCAUAUGACAGACAUUGUUGUUCUAGAAACGCUGGAGGACAUAGACAAAAAUGAAGAUGGAUUUGUGGAUGAAGAUGAAUACAUUGCUGAUAUGUUUGCACAUGAAGAUGGUGGGCCAGAACCCGACUGGGUAAUAACUGAACGUGAACAGUUUGCAGAUUUUCGAGAUCUUAACAAGGAUGGGAAGAUGGAUAAAGAGGAAAUUCGGCACUGGAUUCUCCCACAAGACUAUGAUCAUGCACUAGCUGAAGCCAGGCACUUAGUAUAUGAAUCAGAUGUAGACAAGGACCAAAUAUUAACCAAAGGAGAGAUUCUGGACAACUGGAAUAUGUUUGUUGGAAGCCAAGCUACCAAUUAUGGAGAAGACCUCACAAAAAACCACGAUGAGCUAUGAUAUUUUUUUAAAAGCAAAUACAUCAGAGACUUGGGUCAUGUUUUCUGUACAUAACCAAAGUAACCAUGGUUGUUUUAGCAGACUAUUAUUUUUAAACAAGUCUAUUCCUUUAACAUCUUUGAAUACAAUAGGUUUACCACUUUUUUUAAUUGCACAUUUUUAUUAUACAUUUCAGUGUAAUUUUGGGAAUGCACUUUCCAAUUACAGUUGUUGAUACACUUUCACCUCACCCCUCAAUAUACGGACUGAGAAUUCUCACUGAAAUUGGUGAGACUAGCCAAAUGCAGUAUGCAAGAUGACGAGCCUCAUGUGAUACACCUGUAUGUUGUUGACCUAUUCCAUAUCACCCUGAAAAUGUGUGUGUGGUGGUGCGGUCCUUUGAAUGUUUCAGUGUUCUCCCAUAGCACAUUCCAAACCAGUAUCUCACACUGCAAUUCUGUAUACAUCUUUCUGGGAGUAAACUCAGUGGGGCUUACUUCUGAGUAGACACAUACAGGAUUGUACAAUGGGCAGGAUAGUAUUUUCUUCCUGACAUGCUGUAGAUGAGACCUUCUCAUAAGAACAUCAGAAGGGCCUAGUGAAUCAGGCCAAUGGUCCAUCUAGUCAAGCAUCCUGUGCUCACAGUGGCCAAUCACUAUGGAACGUGUGAAAGCAGGCCCUGAGUCUUGUGAUUCCUAGUAAGUGGUGUUCAGAAGCAUACUCCAACAGUGGCAGUUGAACAGCAAUCGUGAUUGUUUCAUGUGGGACACCAUUUUGACCCCCAAUUUCUUCACCUGUUGUCCAGCAAUAGAAACAUCUCCUGAGGCUACUGACUCUGUACAGCAAUUCUAUGUGCCAAGUGUAUGUGCCCAUAUUUUAGUCUUGGGUCCCUAUUCAAAGAACCAGGAGCAUAGCAGGAGGCUGUGUUGACCACUGCUUCACUCUUGGUGCCCCUUGUCCCCUGUAGAUGAUCAGCACUGCCAUCUCUGGAAGCAGUUGUGAAGGGGCAACUUCUUACUCCCUGCCAAAUAGAUAACAGUGCUCUCUGUCAGGAAGCUCAGAAAUAGCUGUUUUUGCAUUAGUGUGUUGAGACUUCUUGAAAAAUAGGAAACAUAAAUCCAGCAUUUAAAAAAUGGGGUGAGUACUGUCAUGUUCAGGUCCUGCUUGUUGUCUUCCCAUAGACAUCUGGUCACUGAGAACAGUAUGCUGAACUAGAGAGGUCUCUAGUCUGAUCCAGCAGGAUUCUUCUUAUGUAGAAGGAGGAAAAUGUAUCUCUAGCUAGAAUUACGUAAAAGCAGUAUCUAAGGCAUGACACUAUCCCACUUUGGAAGACAAACAACGGUGGUGGUGGGGUGUUCAUCUUCCACAAUCUGGGCUAUUCCUUUAUUUCUCCAUCUCAAGUGGGGUAGAUGGCAUUGAAUGAUAGAGCUGCUGUUGGAAAAAAGAACCCAUAAGCAAUCCUCUGGAUACUUGCCACGUGAAACUGCUUCAGCAUGUAAACUAUUCUUCAUGAAGGACCAGUUUACACCAUAAGUUGAACAGAAAUCCCAUUUGUGCAGUGAUGUGGAAGUUGUAUUUGCUUUCAUCUGAGCCUACAAUUCUUCACCCUCAAAAACAGGGUCUACUAGAAUUGAACAAAUACAUAUGGAUGAUCCAGGCACACACCGCAUCAUCCAUAUAUGCGGAAUUUGGGAUUUCCCAUUUACUUCAAUGGCAGCAGUAGCUUUCACAUUCCCUUGAAUGGUUUGGAGCUCCUGCCUUGGCAUAAAGAUAUCCUAAAUUAGAACCAAUAAAUCACUCGCAUUUGAAUACCCAUUACAGUAUUGUGUGAUGUCUCUGUGAAAAUGGACAUUAGUGCAGAGCUGGUAUUUUCUACACUGUAUUUGGUAGUGAGCCACUUCAUUUUUACAAUGUGAGGUUUUGCUGAAUAUUAUGGGUGGAUAGUGGUCAUUUUACAAGGGAAAUGAAGACGUACCACAGCUCUCUCUAUAUAUAUGCAUUGCCACUUUAGGGAGGUUUUCUGCAAUUAGCUAAUAGAAGCAUUUAAUUUAGAGAGGGUGUAUUUCAGAAUGCAUAUGAGCAUAUGGUACUAUUGCAUUUUUGCGUAUAUUGACUUGAAGAUACAAACAA